CCACGCCCCCUCGCGACCAACGAGCCAAUGGAGGAGUGCUAUGAGGUUGCUAAGGGAAACUCUAGAGGCAAGAUGGCGUCCGCCCGUGAUGGGUGCGCGAGCUCCCGCUUGGCGCGCCGAGACCCGCCGGUUCGGCCACUGCGGGACGGUUACGGAGUCUUCAUUUACCCGAAUUCUUUCUUUUGAUAUGAAGGAGAAUGGAAAGGAAGCAGGAAACAUGGUCAGGGCAAACUUCUGCUUAAAGACGGGAGUUACUACGAAGGCGAGUUUGUAGACGGAGAGAUCACGGGAGAGGGCUGCCGGCACUGGGCCCUGACAGGGAACACCUACACCGGACAGUUUGUUUUGGGAGAACCCCAAGGACAUGGCGUCAUGAAGUACAAAGCCGGCGGACGUUACGAAGGGGAGCUCUCCUGCAGCCUGAGAGAAGGACAGGGGCACCUGGUGGACGCAGAUGGACAAGUGUACUGGGGGUCAUUUCACGACAACAAGCGGCACGGCCAAGGGCGGAUGGUCUUCCGGAACGGAGAUGAGUACGAGGGCGACUGGGUCCGGGACCAGCGCCAGGGCCAUGGGACACUGCGCCAUGCGGACGGCUCCAUCUAUCGGGGACAGUGGCACGGUGACGUGUUCAGUGGAGAGGGCAGCGUGGCCCACUGCUCCGGGGGCGUCUACCGAGGGGUGUGGAUCAAUGGCCACCCCGUGACACAAGCCACAGGGAUCGUGAUUUUGGGUCCGGAGGGGAUGGAAGUGGCCCAGGGAUCUUCCUUCACAUUGACCAUCCAGCUGCAGCGGGACGGUGGGGAAGUUGCCACGAGUGAGGACGGCCGGGUGGUGGAGAUCUCCGCGGGCGUCCGAUACACGCAGCUCCCAGCCUACUUGGAGGUCAGCUUUUUCAAAGUGGACGAUGGUCACAGAGAGACACCCAUCCAGACCCCGUUGGCUAUCCCUGGAGGGUGGCAAGCCCACCAAGGCCGCUGCCAGCAGGAGGCCUGUGUCGGCCCGGACAGGACACCGCGUAGGAGCCCUCCCCCAGGCCCCCCGGGUCACCCCCGGCUCUGUGGGGACCUUGCGGGCCCGAUGGUCACACGUGUUCGCCUGGUUUUCCGACCGACUCCACCCUGCCUGGAGCACAGGGCCGGCAGCACCUCCGUGUGCGCUUGGCUCCAGGUUCUUCGUGGAGAUGUGGCUCCGGUGUCGGGCAGAGCCCGCACACCCCAGGCCCGGGCAGGGGAGACCUGGCUCCGUGGAGUGUGGGCCUAGCUGCGCCACGGGUCUUUCUGGAAUUACUCCCGGAAGCUGGUGCUGGAGCUCGGGCUGAGUUGGUUUAAUCACUGCAGUUCAUGCUCAGGGAUCGAAUCCUCCCGCAAACCCAGGGCUCGCGUCUUCGGGGAGAGUGGGCAUGUGAGUUAACAGAGGGCGCGUCCCGGCCGAGCGUCAGCGAUCAGCUGCUGGGGGUCCCACCUGGUCCCCAGGGCCCUCGACACUGUGAGGGCUGCCUGGUAACUGGGGCUGGGGUCCCUGACGGGCAGACUCAUGCACACUUCGGUUUAGGGCCCUCAUGCUCUCC